AUGCUGAGCCUGCAGGAUUCGGUCUUCUUUGAGAUCAGCAUCAAAUCUCUGCUCAAGUCGUGGAGCAGCUCCUCUACUCCAGUCAACAGCAGCGUCAGUAGACGACGUGCUCCCGCCUCAGUCACUCCUCUGUCCUGGGACAAGCAGCACAUUGCAGUCAUGUCGAGCAUCACCAUUGACCCAGAGCUGAAACCAGGCGAGUUCGUCAUCAAGAGUCUGUUUGCCGAGUUUGCGGUGCUGGCGGAGAAGAAGAUUGAGAUGGUCAUGGCUGAACCUCUCGAGAAGCCCCUUUCCCGAUCGCUUCAGAGAGGGGAAGAUGCACAAUUUGACCAGUUAAUAAGCUCUAUGAGCUCAAUAGCAGAGCACUGUUUGCCCUCCCUUCUGCGCACACUGUUUGACUGGUACCGGCGGCAGAGCGGCACUGAAGACGAGUCUUAUGAGUACAGGCCUCGUGCCAGCACCAAGUCCAAAGGAGAUGAACAGCACCGAGACAAAGAUUACCUUUUGGAGCGGAGAGACUUGGCCAUAGAUUUCAUAUUUUGUUUAGUCUCUGUUGAAGUUCUAAAACAGAUUCCUCUUCACCCUGUGCCAGAUGGUUUAGUACAUGAAGUUCUGAACCUGGCAUUCAAGCACUUUAAACAUAAAGAGGGUUACUGUGGGCCCAACACUGGCAAUGUGCACAUCAUCGCAGAUUUGUAUGCAGAGGUCAUCGGAGUUCUCACACAGUCAAAGUUUCAAGCAGUUAGAAAGAAAUUCAUCACAGAGUUGAAGGAGCUGAGGCAGAAGGAGCAGAGCCCGUACAUCGUUCAAAGCAUCAUCACUCUCAUCAUGGGCAUGAAGUUCUUCCGGGUGAAAAUGUACCCUGUGGAGGAUUUUGAAGCAUCCUUUCAGUUCAUGCAGGAGUGUGCCCAGUAUUUUCUGGAGGUCAAGGAUAAGGACAUAAAGCAUGCUUUGGCCGGUCUUUUUGUCGAGAUCCUCAUCCCUGUGGCUGCUGCGGUGAAAAAUGAAGUGAAUGUACCAUGUCUGAAAAACUUUGUGGAGAUGCUUUAUCAGACAACGUUUGACCUUAGCUCUCGAAAGAAACAUUCCUUGGCACUGUAUCCACUGGUGACUUGUUUGCUGUGUGUCAGUCAGAAGCCGUUCUUUCUCAACAACUGGCACAUUUUCUUGCAAAAUUGUCUCUCCCACCUCAAGAUGCCUUCUAACAACAGCAUCCGAAAGCAGAUUGAGACGUUGCAGAACAAAGACCCAAAAAUGUCCCGUGUAGCACUAGAGUCCCUCUACAGACUGCUGUGGGUUUACAUCAUCAGGAUCAAGUGUGAGAGCAACACAGUCACACAGAGUCGACUCCUCAGCAUCGUUUCAGCACUUUUCCCCAAAGGAUCCCGCAGUGUGGUACCCAGAGACACACCCCUCAAUAUUUUUGUCAAGAUCAUCCAAUUUAUAGCUCAGGAAAGACUGGACUUUGCUAUGAAGGAGAUUAUCUAUGAUCUCCUUUGUGUUGGCAAGUCUCACAAAACCUUUGCCAUCAAUCCAGAGAGAAUGAAUAUUGGUUUGCGAGCCUUCUUGGUCAUAGCAGACAGUUUACAGCAGAAAGAUGGAGAGCCCCCGAUGCCCACGACUGGGAUCAUCAUGCCGUCGGGCAACACGCUGCGGGUUAAGAAGAUUUUUCUCAACACCACACUCACAGAUGAAGAAGCAAAGGUUAUAGGAAUGUCACUCUACUAUCCUCAAGUCAGAAAAGCCUUGGACAACAUCUUGAGACAUCUGGACAAAGAAGUGGGACGCUCGAUGAGUAUGACCAGUGUCCAGCUGUCCAACAAGGAGCCGGAGGACAUGAUCACGGGAGAGAGAAAACCAAAGAUUGACUUGUUUCGUACUUGUGUGGCUGCCAUUCCUCGACUAAUACCUGAUGGCAUGAGUAGACAAGACCUCAUCGAGCUCCUCGCAAAGUUGACUAUUCACAUGGACGAGGAGCUGCGUGGUCUUGCUUUCACCACACUGCAAGCGCUCAUGGUUGACUUUCCAGAAUGGCGUGAGGACGUACUCUCAGGGUUUGCUUACUUUAUUGUCCGGGAGGUGACUGACGUCCAUCCCUCUCUGUUGGACAAUGCUGUGAAGAUGCUCCUACAGCUCAUCAGCCAGUGGAAACAAGCAGUGCAGUGCGGCAACAAGACACAUGAAGCUCAGGUCAAAAGCUCAGGCAACAGACGCUCCCUCUCUCUGGACCGUAGCAACCCUCUGGGAGUGUUGCAUGUGGUGGAGGGGCUGGCACUGGUGGUCCUAUGUAGUUGCAGACCAGCCACGCGACGACUGGCCGUAAAUGUUCUUAGAGAAGUCCGAGCACUGCACACGGCACUGGGGAUCAGCAAGGGAGAUGAGGAGCUAGCCAUUGAUGUAAUGGACCGACUGAGCGCUCCAGUGUUGGAGAGUUUCAUUCACCUGACAGGAGCUGAUCAGACAAAUCUCCUGUACUGCCCUAGUGGAAUUGAUCUACAGGCUCUAGCAGAGUGGACUUCAUCUCCCAUCAGCCACCAGUUUGAUGUGAUCAGCCCCUCCCACAUUUGGGUGUUUGCUCAUGUCACUCAGGGUCUGGACCCCUGGGUUAUCAGUUUCUCCAGCUACUUGCGACAGGAGCACCUGCCCAAACACUGUCCCACUGCCCUCAACUAUGCAUGGAUGUUUGCAUACACACGUCUUCAGCUGCUGUCACCACAAUUAGACAUAAACAGCCCCAUUAAUGCAAAGAAGGUAAACACUCUCAACAGCAGCGACUCGUUCAUGGGUCUGUGGAGGAACUACCUGAUCCUCUGCUGCAGCUCUGCCUCCUCCUGCUCCAUCAGCUCCUCCUCCUCCAGUUCCGGAUCCGUCCGCUGCUCCCCGCCUGAGACGCUGGCGUCCACACCGGACAGCGGCUUCAGCUACGACUCAAAGAUUGUUGGCACUCCGUCCCCCUCCUCCCUAUUUAAGCACAUAGUUCCCAUGAUGCGGUAUGAGAGCAUGGAACUCACAGAGUCUCUGGUAUUGGGGCUUGGCAGGACCAACCCCAUCGUAUUCAGAGAUUUAUUGGAAGAGCUGAAUCCAAUCAUAAAAGACGCUUUAGAUCGACGCCCUGAAAACGUGAAACGGCGCAGGCGCCGUGACAUCCUGAGGGUCCAGCUGGUCCGGAUAUUUGAGCUUCUGGCAGAUGCUGGUGUCAUCAGUCAGAUAGCCAGUGGAGGCUUGGACGGAGAGAGCCACUCACUGAACAGCACGCUGCUAGAGUAUGUUGAUCUGACACGGCAACUGCUCGAGGCGGAAAACGACAAGGACUCAGACACAUUGAAGGACAUCCGGUGUCACUUCAGUGCACUCGUGGCAAAUAUCAUCCAGAAUGUACCAGUUCACCAAAGGAGGACUAUCUUCCCUCAGCAGUCUCUUAGACACAGUCUUUUCAUGUUGUUCAGUCAUUGGGCAGGACCCUUCAGCAUCAUGUUUACUCCUCUGGAUCGUUACAGUGACAGAAAUAUGCAGAUCAACCGCCACCAGUACUGUGCACUAAAGGCCAUGUCAGCAGUAUUAUGUUGUGGGCCUGUAGCAGACAAUGUGGGCCUCUCAUCUGAUGGCUACCUCUACAAGUGGCUCGAUAAUAUCCUGGAUUCUCAGGACAAAAAGGUUCACCAGUUGGGAUGUGAGGCAGUCAUGCUGCUGCUGGAGCUGAACCCAGAUCAGAGUAACCUGAUGUUCUGGGCUGUGGAUCGCUGUUACACCGGCUCGCGCCGAGUAGCUGCUGGCUGUUUCAAGGCCAUCGCCAACGUCUUUCACAGCAGGGAUUACCAAUUUGACACUGUGGUGCUGCUCAACUUAAUUCUGUUCAAGUCAGCAGAUUCUUCCAGGGACAUCUAUGAGGUGGCCAUGCAGCUGUUACAGAUUUUGGAGCCCAAGCUUUUCCGUUACGCCCACAAGUUGGAGAUCCAGCGAGCAGAUGGCAUCUUGACACAUCCAUCAGCGCUGCCACACCUUUACUCUGUGUCUUAUUACCAGCUGUCUGAGGAGCUCGCAAGGACAUACCCAGAGCUCACCCUACCAAUCUUCUCAGAAGUGAGCCAGCGUAUCCAGACAGCGCAUCCUGGUGGCCGCCAGGUGAUGUUACACUAUCUCCUGCCUUGGAUGAACAACGUGGAGCUGGUUGAUUUCAAGCCCACAUCACAGCGUUCUGAGGAUUGUGGGAGUGGAGAGGAGGACGAGGAAGUUCAGGACCCAGAGAUCAUGAUGGUGAACAGCCGGCGCUGGCUCCAUGGAGAGGGCUGGGGCUCACCGCGCGCCACCGCCAUGGUGCUCAACAACCUCAUGUUCAUGACCGCCAAGUAUGGAGACGAGUUUGCUUGGUCGGAGAUUGAGAAUGUAUGGACCACAUUAGCAGACAGUUGGCCAAAGAACCUCAAAAUUAUCCUGCACUUCCUCAUUAGUAUUUCAGGAGUCAGCAGCGACCCCAGUCUGUUGCCCUAUGUUAAGCGUGUGGUAGUUUACUUGGGUAGAGAUAAAACUAUGCAGUUGCUGGAGGAGUUGAUGAGUGAACUGGACUUAAUGGAGCCAGUUAGCUCAGCUGUCACUCACAUGGACAAUCCUCCAUACUACCGCAUCACCGCCAGUUACAAGAUCCCCUCAGUCACCUCAGGAACAACAUCCAGCAGCAAUACAAUGGUGCCCGGAACCGAUGGGCAUCAUGACAGCAAGAUAAAGGACUCAAAUAUGGAGGAUAGUUACAGCCACCUGGAAAUGUAUGGAGGUCUGAACAGUAACCUGACUCGACAGCACCACCGUCUGGAGUCUCGUUACAGCAGCAGCUCUGGAGGCUCUUAUGACGAAGAGAAGAGUGACUCAAUGCCAGUUUAUGCUAACUGGCGUUUGAAAGUGAUGGAGCGCAACCAGCCGGAGCCUCUUCCCUUUCCUCCCACGGGGGGCUGCUGGUCUCCUUUGGUCGACUAUCUCCCAGAGACAAACACACCUGCAGUGACGUUACACAGAUGUAACAUCGCAGUCAUCCUACUGACGGACCUCAUUGUUGACCAUGGUGUCAAAGUAGAAUGGAGUGCCUACCUGCACCUUUUGCUUCACGCAAUAUUUAUUGGUUUUGAUCAUCAGCACCCAGAAGUCUAUGAGCACUGCAAGCGUCUGCUUCUCCAUCUUCUCGUGGUCCAGGGUGCAAACAGCAGCGUCCAGUCUGUGGCGAUGGUGCUUCUGCGAAACCGAGAGUUUAACGAGCCCCGAGUUUUGACUGUGAAACCUGCCACACCAGAACACAACCUCACAGGAGUGCAGGAGCAGGUACCAGUGGACUGUCACCCAUCACCGAUGACAGACUCUGGUCUCAGUGCCAGUUCCACUUCCUCCAGCAUCAGUCUUGGGGCAGGAUCAGGAGCUCUGUCCCAACUGUCUCCUUCAUUCCUCAGUGAAGUAAAUGCUACCGCCGAACAGGACGAGAAAGUCAAAGCUCUCAUCGAAUUCAUUACAACAAGGAAACGUGGUCCAUUAUGGAACUAUGAAGAUGUCUCUCCAAAGAACCCGAACAUCAAAAGUGCUGAUCAGCUCAGUGUUUUUGUCAGACAUGUUGUUACUGUCUUCAAGCAUUCCCAGUUAGGCGACCAGUUGGAGUCAUUGCUGAGCGAAGUAUCUUUACAAACAGCUUUGUCUUGUUCAUCUCGCCACUACGCUGGGCGCUCAUUCCAGAUAUUCAGAUCUCUCAAACAACCACUGACCCCUUCACUGCUGUCUGACAUCUUGUCUCGACUGGUGGAGACUGUGGGAGAUCCGGGAGAGGAAGCGCAGGGCUUUGUCAUUGAACUGCUGCUCACCCUGGAGGCUGGAAUUGACACACUCGCAGACACACUCAAGAAUUAUGACCUCCUCGCUGCCUUGGCACAUGUGCCCCUACGUGAGCAUCUGCUUGGGCCCAAAUUGGCAGCCAACCGGAAGAGUACUGGCCAGUUGAACUUUAACACUGGUGGUCUGUAUAGUUACGUUCAUGCCCGCAGUAACUCUCUCCGUGCAAGCCUCGUGGCAGAAAGGAAAGUUGAUAAACGGCGAAGUAACACUCUAGACGUUGCAGACCGCCUUAGUGGAAGCCAUGGCAAUAUUGCACGAACUCGAAGCUUAUCAUCGUUACGGGAGGGCGGAGGAGGAGUUCCCAGCGGGGACUCCAUGCCAACAAUUGACCCUUCAAAUCUGCUGGCCACUAUGUUCUGGAUAGCCACUUCUCUGCUGGAGUCAGACUAUGAGUUUGAGUACCUUUUGGCCUUGCGGUUACUCAACAAGCUGCUGGGGCAUUUGCCUCUGGACAAAGCUGACAGCCGGGAGCGACUGGAGAAGGUUUUGGCCAAACUGAAGUGGUACAGUUUCCCUGGGCUUCUUCAGCUCUUCUUAAAGGGCUUCACGUCUGCGUCGACUCAGGAGCUCACCAUUCACCUGCUCAGCAAACUCAUCAGUGUGUCAAGGCACACGCUGGUGGACCCCACACAGGGAGCAGGUUUCCCAUUAAAUAUAUUGUGCCUGCUGCCACACCUCAUUCAGCACUUUGACAGCCCCACUCCGUUUUGUAAGGAGACGGCUGAUAGGAUAGCCAGAGUUUGCACCGAUGAAAAGUCUGAUGCUUUGGCUAAUCUGGCGCACAUGAUGACACUCUACAGGAAACAGAACUACUCUCGAGACUCCACCAACUGGAUCAACGUAGUCUGUCGCUACCUUCACAUGGCCUUCGCCGACAUAACCCUGAAUCUUGUCACUUAUUUGGCCGAGUUGCUUGAGAAAGGCCUUCCCAGCAUGCAACAGUCGCUGUUGCAGAUCAUCUACAGCCUUUUGAAUUAUAUUGAGCUCUCUGCAGCCCCCGUAAAGCAGUUUAACCUGGAAAUCAUGAAGAUAAUUGGCAAAUAUGUUCAGAGCCCACAUUGGAAGGAGGCCCAGAACAUCCUGAAGCUGGUGGUGUCUCGCUCUGCAAGCCUUGUUGUCCCAGAUGACGUGCAGCGUUCCUACAGCACUUACAGCACCUACAGCACUGAAUCUUGUGGCUCUCCAGAAAUCGCUUUCACACGCAUUUUUAAUAACUCGUCCAAAGAGCUGCCAGGAAAAACUCUGGACUUCCACUUUGAUAUCUCAGAGACGCCAAUCAUAGGGCAUAAGUAUGGUGACCAGCGCACAGCUGUGGGCCGUAAUGGAAAGCCUCAGGUCAUUGCAGUAACCAGAAGUACCUCAUCCACAUCAUCUGGGUCAAACUCAAACGGGCUGGUGCCAGUCAGCUGGAAGAGGCCUCAACUCUCUCAGAGACGAACCAGAGAGAAGCUCAUGAACGUCUUGUCUCUGUGUGGUCCUGAAACGGGUGUUGCGAAAAAUCCUUCUGUAAGACUCCUCUCGUACUCUAAAGCCUCUGACAAGGUGGUGUUUUCAUCCAGUGAGGAUCUGGACGCUGUGGACCAGCAGACCAGCCUCAUCCCAACUGUGGAGGAGGUGGUCCGUGAGGAGGAGGUUCAGGGUGAAGACACAGGAAGUGAGCAACAGUUUGGCGUCUUCAAGGACUUUGACUUCUUGGACGUGGAGCUGGAAGAUGCCGAGGGAGAGAGCAUGGACAACUUCAACUGGGGGGUGCGGCGCCGCUCCUUGGAGAGUAUGGACAAAGGGGAUGGUGAUGGGGAUACUCCAUCCCUGCAGGAGUGCCAGUAUUCAGGCAGCACACCAAGCCUGAACCUCACCAACCACGAAGACACGGACGAGUCGUCAGAGGAGGAGGUACUGAGCGCUAGCCAGAUUCUCAACCGCUCUCGUCUUCUCAACAGUGACUCUGCCACAGACGACACGGCCUCGAACCAUGUGGACUCCCUGCAGCAGUCGCAGGAGUCGUGCAGCAGCGCUCUGACAGAGGAGCCCCCUGUCCUGCCCUCUUUACCCUCCCUCACUCGCCUGGAUAGUCCAAUGUUGGAGAGGGCCCACUCAGACAGCACCAGCAGCCAGCUGCCUGAGGAUGCUGUGAGCAUGACUGCGGCGGAUGAGCUCAGCAGCAGCGUCAGUGAAGAUACAGGGUUUUGUAGCGCCCCACCUUUGCCUCCGGACCUGUCUGACCCUCAUGACCCAACAGACCUGCAGGACGAUGCACAGGAUGACAUUCCGGAGGUGCUAGAGGUUUUAGAGGAAGUGCUGGAGGUGCAAGAGGAAGUGUUGGACCCUCAGGUGGAAUUGGAUCCUGCUCCCCCCCCUCCGCUCGCCAUAGACACUCCCCCAGGAUCUCUAUGUGAGGAAGAUCCCCACACAGUUCUUGCUUUAAACUUGCCCCUUCCUCCUGACAAUGACCCAGACCCGGAUCUGGACCCGGACAGCACCUGUGGGUCCAUGUGGGAUGAAGAUGUCACUCAGGCGCUGAAGGAGCUCGAUGAGCGUUGUGAAGAGGAGGAGGCUGAUUUCUCCGGGAUGUCCAGUCAGGAUGAAGGUGACGCAGACUGCUUCUCCGAGGUCCAGGCCUCUCCCCCACCGUCUCCCUUCCUGUCUGCCAUACUGGCUGCCUUCCAGCCCCUCGCCUAUGACAAUGAGGAGGAUGCAUGGCGUUGCCAUGUCAACCAGAUGUUGUCUGACACCGAUGGCUCCUGUGCCGUUUACACAUUCCAUGUGUUUUCUAGGCUCUUCCAGAAUAUCCAGAGGAAGUUUGGCUCAAUCACUCAUGCGUCAGUGCAUUUCCUGGGCGAGGGGUUGCAGCGGAUGGGUAACCAGUUCCUCAGUUCUCUGGAGGUAAUGACAUCCCGCUCCCAGUGCCCCACAGUGCUGCUGGACGCUGAGACGCUGGUCUCCUGCGGGUUGCUGGAGACUCUGAAGUUCAGUGUGCUGGAGCUGCAAGAGCAUCUUGACACGUACAACAACAAGAGAGAAGCAGCAGAGAUUUGGCUGGAAAACUGCAAGAAGACGUUCGGGGACAAAGACGGUAGCCAAAAAUCCAACACGCACACACAGGAGCUGGAGCUUUGCCGGAGGCUGUACAAACUGCACUUUCAGUUGCUGCUGCUGUUCCAGGCCUACUGUAAGCUCAUCAGCCGUGUGGACACCAUAAAGAGAGAGGCAGAGGUUACUAACAUGUCUGAGGAGCUGAGCCUGCUGGAGAGCUGUCUGAAGGAGGCUGAGGCGGGAGCGGAGGUCCAGGAGGAUGUGUGUAUGUCGGACCACGCUCACACCAGCACUGAGACCGCCAUCCAGUCCCUGAUUGAGACCCUGAGAGGGCGGGACUUCAGCUCUGCUCUCACACAAGUCAAAGUCUUCAGGUCGUUAUGGCCAAACGACAUCUUUGGAAAUGAGUCGGACGACGCGGUCCAGACUCUUCUGCACAUUUACUUUCGGCACCAGACAUUGGGGCAGACGGGCUGCCUGGCUGUGGUAGGACCCAGUAGGGACCUGUCCCAGGCCAGCGCCCGCCUCAUGGAGCUCAACCUUCAGAUCCGUGAGGCUCUGAGCCGAGCUCAGGCCCCACACACCACCGUCAUCAGCACUGGGCUGUAG